AUGAGCAACCGGAUGUUGUUUGGCGGUCUGGCCCUUGGUCUUGCUGGACUUGCAUCUUUCCUCUGGGGUAGUCUGAAACCGGUGGCGGUGUCAGCACCCGUCUCCACCGGUGAUGUACUCCCCUUCGCCCACGGGGGAAAUGAAGUGUUUGAUCCCUCUCAAGUAAGACCCCAGGACUUCUUUAAGUAUGGGUUCCCCGGUCCGAUCCACGAUAUGGGUAAUCACAAUGAGUUCGUGCUGUGUUUCGACCGCAAGACACGUAACCCUUAUUGGGUGGUGGAGCAUAUCACUAAGGAUUCAAUCAAACGCACAGAUGGGGUCGAUCGCAAGAAGUCGGUGUUUAAGGAAGAUGAAGGCGUUCCGGCUAAGUUCCGUGCUCGUUUGCGGGACUACUUCCGGUCAGGCUAUGAUCGGGGUCACAACGCUCCCGCUGCCGAUGCCAAGUUUAGCCAACAAGCGAUGGACGACACUUUCUUGCUUACUAACAUCUCUCCCCAAGUUGGUGACGGCUUCAACCGUGAUUAUUGGGCCUACUUCGAAGACUUUGCUCGUCGUCUCACCACUAAGUACGACGACGUUCGUAUCAUGACUGGACCGUUAUAUUUACCUAAGUUGUGCCCUGAUGGUAAAUAUCGCGUCACCUACGAGAUGAUUGGAUCACCUCCCAACGUUGCCGUCCCCACCCACUUCUUCAAAUUGGUCGUCGGCGAACGCACGGGACUGGACACUCUUGCCGUGGGGGCAUUUGUGUUGCCCAAUGAACCCAUCGAUAACACCGACCCGUUGACGAAAUACCAAGUUCCCGUGGAGGCUCUCGAACGUUCGUCGGGUCUUGAAUUACUCCAAAAGGUGCCACCCAACAAAAAGAAGGACUUGUGCCGUGAAGUCAACUGUGCCGUGGUGGUUAGAGAGUUCCCUCAACAAGUAAACAACCUUAUCGAGGGAAAAAAGGAUUAA